AUGGCCAGCGAUCAGAGAUUUGAGCGGACUUUGCUAGCAGUUGCAGAAGCUGUUCAGACAUUUGCUGCCGGAACAUUCGAAUUCGCAGAGAGUAUCAAGCGGAUAUGGGGACCACAGACCGAGCCAGAUGCAGUGGAGACAUCUAAUCCACUGCAUGUGGAGGGCAUGCAGGAUGUUCAAGUGGUUUGUCAAGUUCGAGAACGAACGCCGGUGUCUCAGGACGGAGAUCAACUGGCAGUGCAUUCCCAUACUCACCCGCCGUCCGUCACUAUGCACGGCGAGGAUUUACAAGCUCUGCAAGAAUCAAGCGCAUCGAUAGACACAGCAAAUAUGCAGAUUUCUAUUGAUAUAGAUGCACUAGCUGGAUCUACUACACAGCAAGCUUUCAGAUGUUGCUACAAGUGUUUUUCACGCUGGCAAGAUGGAAGUGCGAACCCACCCUGUCAACCUAUCCCAGGACGGGAGAUUCCAGCAGGCGAGUUGGGGAUGAUGUUGUUUGACAAAAUAGAGUCGGAUCGUUAUCUCAUAGAGCAAACGCGCAAUGCCACGAGGGAAGGACAGAACUUUGGAGAUUCAUUUCAUGAGCGACCAGAAAUCCCUUUAUGUCCUCCAAUUGCGGGCAUACCGCAACCGCAGCUCGGUUCGAAGCGAGCCCAUCAGGAUAACGAUGAGCAGCAACCCGUGUUCAAACGGCAGCGGACACAGAAGUUCUGUGAAAAAGCAAGGCUGGAACGGAAUGAACAGCUGAAAAAGGCUAUGCAACAAGAACAAGAUGACCAUGAAGCGAUAGAAGACAGCGAGUCCUCAUCAUCAUCAGUAUCUUCGCCAUCCUCGAUUUAUUCUUCUUCGUCGUCAGAGGAAGAAGAGGCGCAGGUCAACAGUGAAGCUAUCAAAGUCUCAGAUGUUGUGCGAGCUUUGGACAAAAUAGCACACAACGAGGUGAUGCAUGAAGAAGAAAAUGAUCGAUCCUCGACUUUGACGCAGGAACAGUCCUCGGGAGAGUCAUCAUCAGAAGAGUAUGACUCUUCUGAUGACUACUCCUCCUCUCAGGAAGAAGAAGCAGUACAAAUUCUAGCAGCAAAAGAAGUCUCACAGGAGGAACGCAACGUGAAGGCUAAAGCAGCGAUUCAACCAGAGGAUGAAAACAGUGAAGCAUCCUCGUCUUCGGCAGAAGACGACUCCUCAGAAGAAGAUUUAGAGGAGGAACCUGAAUAUCAACUGAAGAAUCAACUCGCACUAAAAGCAGGUGCGCAAGCUGAAUGCAAAGAGAUGAUUAAAGAAGCAAUCCCUAUCCUACUAGAGGAAGAGAAUACGGAGUCCGAGUCAUCCUCAUCUUCAUCGGAAGACGAAUCCUCAGAAGAAGAGUCAGAUGAGUCAGAUGAGGAACCAGAGAAACCGCAAAACCAACCAGCAACAGAGAAAGAGCCACCACAAGGACGCAAAGUCAAUUCGCAAGAACUGGUUCAGUUAUCAAGCGACGAAUCCUCCAAUUCGUCAUCAGAAACCAGCUCCUCCGAAGAGUCAGAGGACGAACCAGAGGAAUCAAAGAAACAACGAGCAGCAAUAGUAGAGGCUCAAAAGAAACGCGAAGAAAAGCCGCAGGAACCGAUUGAAAUACUAAGUGAUGAACCUUCGGAAGAAGACUCGGAGAUGGAGACAUAG